CUAUUAGGAUCUGAGAGCUGGUGCACUUCUCCCAGAGGGAUAUAAAUGCAGCAGAUUACUGGACAGUGAAGGGACAGUAGACUGCACUGAUCUGUGGGGUUACAUGCCAAAAACUGGAUCCGGAUACAGUCUGAGGAUCUUGGGAUAUCCUUUCCUUGAGAUCUGAUUAGCAUCAGGACUGCAGACUGACUGUACCUACAGGGACCAGUGUACCUCUGACUGACAGAGAGAUCCUGCAAAAGUAGUCAAGCAAACAGCCCAGUAUGGCUGCAAAACGGGGGAGCACUAAUUACCAUGUGGACAGAGACAUACUGGAUGAGGCAAGCCUGGAGGAACUCGCCCAGAAGCUGCACUCAUCUAAGAAGCCCUGCCUAACGGACCGGCUCAAACACUCAUGCAGGUGCUCGCUGCCUCAGCUGAAGCGCAAGGUGGUGGGUUGCCUGCCUGUGCUUUACUGGCUGCCACGCUAUUCCAUCUGGGACUAUGGCAUGGGUGACCUUAUCGCCGGUAUUAGUGUGGGAAUCAUGCAGCUGCCACAGGGCAUGGCCUAUGCACUUCUGGCUUCCUUGCCCCCUGUUUUUGGCCUCUAUACCUGCUUGUACCCCGUACUGAUAUAUUUCUUCUUUGGGACAUCCCGCCAUAUCUCCAUAGGACCGUUUGCAGUGCUCAGUAUUAUGGUGGGCAGUGUGGUGGAACAAUUAGCCCCUGACCAUAAAUUUCUCAUAAUGAAUGGCACCAACCUGACUAACAUCGUGGACGAAGCAGCCCGGGACAGCUACCGGGUCAAGGUGGCUGCUACCACCACUGUCUUGGGAGGGAUUAUCCAGGUUGUCCUUGGUCUGGUCCGGUUUGGCUUUGUGGGCACUUAUCUGUCCGAACCCCUCGUCCGAGGUUACACCUCAGCUGCUGCCUGUCACGCAGUGGUGGCACAGCUGAAAUACAUCUUUGGUUUGUCACCCAGGCGGUUCAACGGACCUCUGUCCCUGGUGUAUGUGCUGGUGGACAUCUGCUCUCAGCUGCACCAGAUUCAUGUCCCCACACUCGUGGUCAGUUCAGUGUCCCUGGCGACCCUCUUCUCUGCCAAGGAACUCAAUUCCGCCCUUGCCAAAAAGCUGCCUGUUCCGAUUCCUGUGGAACUCAUCUCUAUUGCCGUGGCGACCCUGCUGUCCAGCUAUACCUUCCUGAACCAGAACUACGCAAUUGGUGUAGUGGGGGCGAUCCCCAGUGGGCUGAUCCCUCCCAGCACACCGCAGGUCAGUCUCUUCCAUGAGGUGAUCGGAGAUGCCUUUGCACUGGCCCUCGUGGGCUAUGCCAUUUCCGUCUCUCUGGGCAAGACUUUUGCCAUCAAGAAUGGGUACAAGGUGGACACCAACCAGGAACUGGUAGCUCUGGGUCUCAGCAACAUAACGGGGGGCUUUUUCCACUGCUACUCCGUCGGCUGCUCCAUGUCCCGCAGCCUCGUUCAGCUGACCACAGGGGGAAAGACACAGAUUGCUGGGGUAGUUUCUGCUUUGAUAGUGCUGAUUGCUAUACUGAAGCUGGGGCCCCUGUUUCAAGAGCUGCCCAAGGCGGUUCUCUCGGCUAUCGUGCUGGUCAACCUGAAGGGCAUGUUCAAGCAGUUCUAUGACAUCAUCACGCUGUGGAAGACCAACAAGAUCGAUCUGCUGGUAUGGCUGGUCACCUGGAUGUUCACCCUGCUGUUCCACCUGGACAUGGGUCUUGCAGCUUCCAUCAUGUUUGCCCUGUUGACGGUCAUCUUCAGGACCCAGCUUCCAAAGUACUCCGUCCUGGGUCAGAUUCCUGGAACCGAGAUCUACUUGGACAUGGAAAAAUACAAGGAGGCACAAGGGAUUCCCGGUGUCACUAUCUUCCAGUCGUCUGCCACAGUGUACUUUGCCAAUGCUGACCUGUACUUGGAGGCCCUCAAAGAAAAGAGCGGGAUCAAUAUCAGCAAAAUGAUCACGUACAAGAGGAGGCAGGAGGCGAAACAGAGACGAAGGGAAAAGAGAGCGGAGAGGCGGGCCAAGAGGGAGGCCAAGAGACAGAAAGCAGCCAUGAAAGCUGCAGAAAGCAACAAAGUGGUGUUUUCUGUUGAAGAGGAGAUGGUCCACUGGAGAGAGGAUGACGGACAGGAUGGUUUGACAAGGGAGGAGCAGGAGCAGGACUUCACCAUGCGGGAGAAUGGCACCGUGUUCGUCAUCCCCGAACUACAAAGAGAGCAUGGCAGCUGGGAGUACCUGAAGGGCGGGGACCCGGAACUGGGAAUGUUGGGAUCUGUCUCUGAGCUGGAUGGGGACACCACUACCUUGGCCUCCAGCUGUGAUGACACUCUAAGCAGGGAUCUUGAGCAGAUAUCUCUGGGAUCACUAGGGAAGUGGACGUGGGACAUCCAUUCCAUCAUCCUGGACCUUUCCACUGCCAACUUCAUUGACACGGUGGCCAUUAAGACCAUGAAAAAUAUAUUCCAGGACUUUGGAGAGAUUGAUGUGGAUGUGUACAUGGCUGGUUGUCAGGCCACUGUGGUGGAGCAGCUGGAGACCGGGGAUUUCUUCUGUGAUUCCAUCACCAAGAGCCACCUCUUUGCCACGGUCCAUGAUGCUGUGCUGUACUGCCUUCAAAAACGUGGAGCAUCUGCAGCAUCCAGUUACGAUUGCAUCCUGGAUACAUCAUGCAGUACCAAAAUGUGACUGACUGAAGAGGCUAUUACAGCAGCAUAUGAGUUUCUUCAGUUCAGUCAUUCCAUCUGAAUACAGGGAAAAGCCCUUCCUUCUUCCUAUCUACCAAAGUAGAUAUUUGGUAGUUUAACUUUCAAGAACUGGAGUAUGGCAGGUCCUUCCUCCAAACAUGGCUUCAGAUAUACUCUACACAUCUCUAUGUUUGACAAAGUUAUUAUUUUUAUACUUUAAAUUAUUUUAAGUUGUUAAAAUAUUAGUUGGAUUAUGUAGAUAUUUCAAGUUGAUGAAGCUGUUUUCCUUGGAAUAAUUAGCAGUGUAAAGGAAUCCUCUCAUUGUUUAUAAAAACGUGCACAAAAUAACUACCAUAAUCUACUUAGUAACCAAGUGAUCCAACUUCUGUCCGCUGUGCCAUUUACACUGGAUUAGCUGUGAUCUUGACCCUUACAGUAUGCAUGCAGUGUCCUCCUCACCUGCCUCACCACCGCAUGUAUUUUAUCCUGGACUGUUAUGACUCCGCUGUACUGUUUAAUAAAACCUGAGAACAUU